GGUCAUCAGUGGUGAGAGUGUGAGAGCUAGAGGCCAAAUGGAGGCGACGGUGGAAGGGAGGAAGGUGGUGGGCAGGGCGGAGGCGAGCCCGGAGCGGGGCCGGCCGGCGUACGCGCCGCCGGUGAGGUCGGCGCCGGCGAGGCCGAUGAGGAAGGUGCAGAUCAUCUACUACCUCUGCAGGAACGGGCAGCUCGAGCACCCGCACUUCAUGGAGCUGGCUCAGCAUCCUCACCAGCCACUUCGCCUCAAAGAUGUGAUGGAUAGGCUCACGCUGCUUAGGGGAAAAGGCAUGCCUGCUCUCUUCUCAUGGUCUUGCAAGAGGAACUACAAGAACGGGUAUGUGUGGAACGAUCUAUCUGAGAACGAUGUGAUCUACCCGUCGGACGGCGUGGAGUACGUUCUCAAGGGCUCCGAAAUCUUCCCUGGCUGUUCUUCCGAUCGGUUCCCACACCUUCGUGUCACCGAUAGGUCUCCGGCGAAGCGGCUGGCGUUGCCGCCCAGCCACAAGCAGUACGUGGACAGCUACCGGGACGACGCCGCGGAGGAUCCCGAGGACGACGAGCUGGGGUACGGCUACCACCGGCGAGCCGGCGGCGCUCGCCUCGCUGCGAAGCCCGUCUCGGCGCGCACCAACCGGAGCCGCCCGGUGGAGCUGCCCGUGGAGGAGACCUCGCCGCCGUCGUCGACCUCCUCCGACAAGCCCCCUGCCGCGCCGCAGCUGCAGCCGGGCGGCGGCCGCGGUAGUGACGAGACCGAGUCGAACAGGGCCGGCUCGAUGCUCCUGCAGCUCAUCGCCUGCGGGUCGGCGGCCGGCGGCGGCUCGGCCAAGUGCCGGACCGAGCCGAGGCGGAGCUGCGGCCUGGUGAGCCGGCUGGCGGCGGCCUCACGCGCCGGCACGGAGGUCGACGACGACGAGGAGGCCGGCGGCGGCGGCGAGCUGAGCCGGCGGUUCGGCCACCUGGCGGUGGAGGAGAAGGAGUACUUCAGCGGCAGCAUCGUGGAGAGCGGAGUCAGGGGCACUCCACUGCCAUCCAGCUCGCUCAAACGCUCCAACUCGUACAACGAGGAGAGGAGUUCGAGGCUUGGUGUCAGCGAGGAGAGAUCAACGACGGAUGAGCAGAUGGAAGGGGAGGAAGGGAUGAUCAGGGGGAGAUGCAUCCCGGGCAGGAAGAAGCAGCACAAGUAACUUAGCUAGGUGCACUCCAACCAUCAUUCAGAUUUUCAGGAACUACUGAGUAGAACAUUAAUCUAGCUAGUUGUACUUUUCUAAGAGGAAUUAAAGGAGACUACUCACUGUAUUACUACAUGUUGCUGGUAGAUCUGGAAUGUUGAAGUCAUUCAUCACUCAGUUCAGAGAGUAGAGUAGGGGAUUGAUUCUGCUUGUUUGGUUUCCUUUCUCGGUGAAAAUAUGAUGAACGAGGUCAGCAUGCU